AUGAGUGCCUCGGUUUCCCCAUCAAACCGGUCCGACAGACCAACUAACAAAAUUUCAGCAACUUACCAGAAAUUGUUGAAGUCACUGAUAACCAGAUUGACAGAGGGACCUGUCGUUCGAGGUCGGUUAGCGCAAAUUGAAGAGGCGGAAGUGCUAAGGCUGGCUAAUGAAUGCGCAACGCUCUUCAUGAAAGAACCUGCAUGUCUGGACUUGGACUUGCAUGAGCCAUUAUACAUUGUUGGAGAUCUUUUUGGUCAACAUUCAAAUUUAGUGCAAAUUUUCGCAAAAUUGGGACCGCCUCCGCAAAAGCGGUACUUAUUUCUUGGCAAUUAUGUCGAUAGAGGGGACAGGGCUAUCGAACUGGUCAGUCUACUGUUUGCCUACAAGGUACUCUAUCCGGAUAGAAUCUUCAUGUUGCGAGGGAAUCACGAGUGCAUGUAUGUGUCGUUACACUAUGGAUUUUCCUUUGAAUGCAGGCAGCGCCAAUUUUUAAAAACUUGGAUUGCUUUUAUGAAUACAUUCGAUUGUUUGCCAGCGGUCGCCAUUGUGGAAAACUCUGUGUUCUGUACCCACAGUGGGAUAAUUCAUGACAUCCCUUAUUCAUUUGUUUCAUCAGUGUCUCAUUUGAAAGAGUUUUUCAAGGUUUGGAUACCACGUCCUACUCAACUCACGAACAACAAGAUAUGGACUGAGCUCACUUGGUCCGAACCACAAAUAGACAGCAGGUUUUGGCAACUUAAUCCGGCUGGUCAGGGAUACCUGUUUCCUGAAGAAGCUGUCGUGAAGUUUUGUGAGCGGUUCGGUUUGCAGCAGGUCAUUCGAUCACAUGAUCUGAUCAAACGUGGUUAUGAAUUUGCAGCUUCAUCGAAAUUGCUGACACUGUUCAGCAUGCCUCAGACGGCAAGACAAUGCCGCAAUAUGGGUGCACUUGUUCAGUUGCACAAGCGCAGUUUAGAUGAGGUCAUUUAUGGCCGAAUAUUUACGCUCAAACUCAUCCCACUGUUACGACGCAGUCGAACAGGUAUGAUGGCACUAAGCAUCGAUGACCUGUUUGUGAGAGGAUCCGAUGAACAGUUAGAUAAGAGUGGUGAAUCCUUUGUGGAUGAGCAAGUGGGGGAAAAUUCAAUGCAGCAUGACAGUCAAGAUGAGAUUAUGGACUCCAACUUGGUCGCAUUUGACCUCCAGUCAAUAGGCUUGGACUAUGAAGAGAGGGUUUCGUUGGGUUCACUUGGGAAUAUAGGUAUUCGGGUCAAUGCCGAAACACGCAAGGAUUUU